AUGCCUACUACAUUAGCCAGUUGUUUUAUGCCUACUACGCCACCAGCUCCAUCGGAUUUAACAGAAGAGCAGUCAUUCCCGCAUGCAAUUGAAAUUUCAUUCUUGCCACCAUCACCACCGCACGGUAUCAUCAACGAAUACAGAAUAAGACACACUCCGUCUGAUCAGUUGAACUACAAAGAAGUUCGAGUUCACGGAAGCCGACUGCAAUGCUCAGAUGCAUCAAAACGUGACCGACUGUGUUAUCGCGUUGUGGACCUGGAACCAGAGCAGGAAUAUGAUAUUCAGGCAGCAGCACAUACCGAAGGUGGUGCUUGGGGUGAAUGGAGCGAGCCGAUGAGUGCACGAACGCAUGAACAAAGUAAGGCUUUUCUAGAAGAAACGAGCAGUAAUGAUUUACUCCAGCAGUCCCAUGAAAAGGAUCUUGCAUCUGAAAAUUCAGCUCGAACUCCUCCUUGUCCAAACCUGUUAGUAUUUUUGAGUACAGCAUGA